GGAAAAACACGGUGACGUGGUUCCUUAUUAUGACAUGUAACGAAUGGGAUUGUGUUGUCAGCCCAACACGGAAACGAUUGAAGGAGUUACUAUAGUUUAAUAGCUUUCAUUUGUCAUGCUUUUGCGGGUUAGAGAGUGAUAGAAAUCAUGGCUCACAGCAAGGAGGCUGAGUCUGAGCCCGGUCUGUACGGCUUCACCAGAGCAGCUUCCGCCGCGCUCACCCACCUCCUCUCCUUCAUCUCCACCGCUUUCAUCGCCUUUUUGAGUCGACCUGGAACGAGCUGGUUUUCCUGGCAUCCUUUCCUCAUGACACUGGCAUUCAGUUUCUUCAUGACUGAAGCCAUCCUCCUCUUCUCCCCCCAUGGAUCCCUCAUCAAAAGGUUUUCCCACAAGACCAAAGGCCGCGUUCACUGGAUCCUGCAGUGUCUCGGUGCAUUCUGCGCCGUCCUGGGCCUGACCGCAAUCUUCUACAACAAACACCUGAACGGAAAACCCCACUUCACCUCCUGGCACGGUCUGCUGGGCCUGCUCACCGUGUGUGUGGUGGCUGCUCAGUCUUUGGCGGCUGUGCCGCUCAUUUACCAUUCCCUGGCUAAAGGCUGGUCUCUUGCCAAACUCAAACGCUACCACGCGGCGUCGGGACUCAUCACUUACCUGCUCGGAAGUGGCAGCCUGCUCCUGGGGCUCUGCUCUACCUGGUUCACUGCCUCCGUCGGGGAAUACACCUGGUACCUGUCAGCACUCUGCCCUGUGCUCAGUGCUCUAGCUAUAAUGAACCAAGUCUCCAGUGCUUACAUUGCAAAGAAGAGACUACAGUCCUGACGAGGCAUUUGUCGUGCUGCACCUUUAAAAGUGUUCUUACUAUUUACUGUAAUUUAAAUAAUCCUAUUUUAAUGCAGUCCUGAAGCUCUUUAUCAUUCCUAAAGUUUGAAUUUUUUUAAACUGAGAUUUGAAUCCUGCAGAACUUCAAGGAGAUCCUAAAACAGCAGCUGGGACAGAGAGUCCUUCAGAUCUGAAAGACUGGCAGCAGUUUGCAGAAAUGUGUGAGAAACUCAUCAUUACUGGAAGUUUUAGUCUUAAAAUUGGGUGCUACCAAAUAUUAGCAAAGGGUGCCAAAACUUUUGUCCUUCCCAUUUGAGUUGUGACUUUUCUUUUCAGGGGUUUUUGUUGUUUCAGUGCAAAGAAAACCACACAAAGACAGCUAAAAUGGAGACAAUUAUCUGACAGAAGUGUUUGAUAUUUGUGUCCAUAAAUCAUGACUUCCGUGUUAGGAAAAAUCCUGCAUCAUCCAGAAAUGAAUAUCUCAGAUAAUUGCUCUACUUUUACAUUUUUUAAUACUGUUUUGGUGUAAUAAAAGGCUAAGAAAAGCUUAUACUACCAUAGAAGAGUGUUUUAUUGUUAAAAAUAACAGAUAACACAGUCAUAAGUUUACUUCGAUUUGGGCUCCAUUUAAAGAAAUUCUCAGUGAAAUCAUUAAUGGAUCAAAGCAAAGUACAAAGAAAAGCUCACAAUUAUAAAAGACAAUAUUUUACAUCAUAAAUAAGAACAAUUCAGAUACUGUAAUUGAAAGAAAAGAUGACUGUAAAAGUAACGAAGAGUUGGAGACGUGGGGGAGGUGUAAGACUUCAAAAUAAAGGCUCAGCGGGGGAGGGGGUCACUUAUUUGCCCUUUUACUGUUUGUAGAAAGGAUCAGCUCAAACUUUAGAUGUGACAUGAUCUUAACUUAAUAUGACAGCAAUAAAAGCUAUGAACUUUAAUUAAAACCAAGCAGAACGAACCAGAAGCAAACUGAACGGUGAACGAUACAACUGGAGGCUCGAAAAUGUCAUGAUCAAAAAAAAAAAAA